AUGUUCUAUUCCGAGACUCUGCUGUCCAAGACCGGGCCGUUGGCCCGCGUCUGGUUGUCGGCCAACCUUGAGCGCAAGCUUUCUAAAUCUCAUAUUUUGCAGUCGGAUAUUGAGAGCAGUGUCAAUGCCAUUGUUGAUCAAGGGCAGGCUCCGAUGGCCCUGCGACUGAGUGGUCAGUUGUUGUUGGGAGUGGUUCGGAUCUACAGCAGAAAGGCCCGAUAUCUUUUGGACGACUGCAACGAGGCUUUGAUGAAGAUUAAGAUGGCGUUCCGUUUGACCAACAACAAUGACUUGACAUCUACCGUUGUCGCUCCUGGCGGCAUCACUUUACCUGAUGUGCUUACCGAAUCUGAUUUGUUUAUGAACUUGGACUCCUCUUUGCUUUUAUCGCAGACUCUUAAUCUGGAGCCAGAAGGCAAACGGCAGGGACACUCGAUGGACUUUGGAAGUCAACUGCUACCUGAUAGUAGCUUCCGACGAUCUGUCUCUCAAGAACCACCACGCUUGGAGGACCACACGUUGGUUGAUUUAAACUUUGGCGACGAUGAUGACACCCAUAUUGGCCGUGAUUUCAGCAUGGAAGUUGGCCGAGAUGCUCCCGCUCCCCGUCCCUUCGAAGACGACCUCCUCAGUGACGCCGGCAAGUUCAACGACGUUGACCUGCAGCUGGAUCUCGGCGAGGAUGACGCUCCUCUGGAUAAGAUGGAUCUUGGCGAAGAUGGCCCCCAGGAUCACUUCAAUUUCGAUGAUUCUUUGGAUAUCGGUGGCGACGACGAGCUCACGCGUGAAGCCGAAGAACGCCGACAGCAACGCGACUCUGAAUCCGCAAUGACAGAACUUUCCGAGGAAGAACUCAACAGACUCGAGGCGGAAGAACUAAAGUUGUCGAAGGGAGGACGAGGAAUUCUAGACGAGGAGUACGCCGACGGCGAGCACGAAGAUGACGUUACCGUUCAACAAGCACAGCGCGCCAAGCGACGAAAGGUGAUGCCGGUCAUGGAUCUGGAUGAGGCUAUCGACUUCAAGCCCAGUCAUAUUAAAGAACAACAGGCAGAUCGAUCUGGAAUCUUGAAACCGGCAGCGUUCUUGCCUCGGGAUCCUGUUCUUCUUACCUUGAUGAACAUGCAAAAGAAUGGCGACUUUGUGUCAAAUGUCCUUGGCGCGGGCCGCGGUCGUGGUUGGGCCCCCGAACUCCGUGAUCUACUUUCAUUUGACGCCAUCAAGAAGGCAGGUGAAUUGAAGAGAAAGCGCGACAGCGGCAUCGCCGACAUGGAUGUAGCCGCAGCGACUGCUCCUGCUCUGGACUUUGGCGACGAAGAAGCCAUCGUGCCGGUGGACGAAGGAGUUGGUCUCGACUCGACCCUUCACCAGCGGUCGGAGAUUGAGUUUCCCGGAGACGAGGAGGAACAGGGACUGCAUCUGAGCGACGACGAGGGCAUGCAUCACCCUAUGGAAGAGAUGAUGGAUGAUACGACUGUGCACCCCGUGGAUAGCGGCCCGGUCUCUGUUGGUACCAAACACGCCGUCCACAUCCUCCGCGACGCGUUGGGCGAGUCUGCCGCCGACCAAAAGAAGAGCGUCAAGUUCCAGGAUCUGUUACCCGAGAAGAGAACGAGCAAGGCUGAUGCCACCAAGAUGUUCUUCGAAGUUUUGGUCCUGGCCACCAAGGACGCAGUCAAGGUUGAGCAGGGUACCAACUCUGUUGGCGGUCCUAUCAAGAUCCGCGGGAAGCGUGCGCUCUGGGGCUCGUGGGCGGAAGAGAAUGCGAGCGGGAAGGCUGCUAGCCAACCCACUGAGGUGACGGCCUGA